CUUCCCGCCCUUCCGGUCCCCCUCCCCUGCUCCUGGGGCUCCCGGGCCUGCUGGUCCCCCAGCCGACCUGCUGCGCUGCUGCGGUGCUGGGCAGGUGCCCGGCGACCGCGCUCCCACCUUCCGAAAGAAGCUUCCCAAACAGUCGAAGGCUCCAGGCGCCUAAAUCUCGAAAUGGUUUCCGGUACCGUAAGGAGAAGAGUACUUCAGUAGUCUCGGACGGCUCCUCCGACCAAGUCCCGGCAUUCCCGAUUUAGCGCUCCUGGAUUUCCUGAGGGCGAGAGGGAAGCGAAGGCAGAGAGCCCAGCCGGUCCAAGCUGGCACUCUACAGGGCAUUUUGUUAAUCAAUCUUGAAGAUCCAGACAGGCGAGUGACCACUGAAAGAAAGAUCUACUUUUCAUACAUACAAGCGCGGCGGGCCUCGCUCCCGGGAGCCACGCGAUGUCGUACGUCUUCGUCAACGACUCGUCCCAAACCAACGUGCCCCUGCUGCAGUCCUGCAUCGACGGGGAUCUGAACUACUCGAAGCGGCUCCUGGAGAGCGGCUUCGACCCCAACAUCCGGGACAGCCGGGGCCGGACGGGCCUCCACCUCGCCGCCGCCCGCGGGAACGUGGACAUCUGCCAGCUGCUGCACAAAUUUGGAGCCGACCUCCUGGCCACCGACUACCAGGGCAACACGGCCCUCCACCUCUGCGGCCACGUGGAUACCAUCCAGUUCCUAGUUUCCAACGGACUCAAAAUUGAUAUCUGCAACCACCAAGGCGCCACACCCCUGGUUCUGGCCAAGCGCAGGGGAGUGAAUAAAGAUGUCAUCCGAUUGCUGGAGUCUUUGGAGGAGCAGGAGGUGAAAGGAUUUAACAGAGGAGCUCACUCCAAGCUGGAGACCAUGCAGACGGCUGAAAGCGAAAGUGCUAUGGAAAGCCAUUCCCUGCUGAAUCCAAAUCUGCAGCAAGGGGAAGGAGUGUUUUCAAGCUUCCGCACCACAUGGCAAGAAUUUGUGGAGGAUCUGGGCUUCUGGAGGGUGUUGCUCCUCAUCAUCGUCAUUGCUCUGCUGUCUCUUGGAAUCGCCUACUAUGUCAGCGGCGUUCUCCCCUUUGUAGAAAACCAGCCUGAACUGGUCCAUUAAGGCCCAUGACCUUCACCCAGGCCUCAGGUUGGUUUGAAGCGUCUCAAAAUCCCUAGUGCACGUCAGCGGCAGCUGUACGUACGGUUUGCCUUUUAUUUCCUUCCCGGAGAGAAAUGUGUUCCCUUAAACUCACCAUCCACUGGCAUCUGAGGCCACUUCUGACAUGUCCAGUUUCUCCGUAAAGUCUGAGAGUAGCAGCCUCAGCCGAUGCAAAUGCAGCGUUUGAACGAAAGAGAAGAGUCACGAGCCCUUGACCCAGAAAUGGUAUCCCGGUAAGAAGGCUAAAUAGCUUAGCUUCCACAAAAAGAAGAGUGGCUCGAUUAUUUGGAGAGAGAUUCCUCUUCUGAAGCACUUUUCUUGCCUUCUGGCAAGGGGCGUGAGAGGAGGCCCUAGAAGGUGUUUUGUUUUUUUUAGCUUGAACUGGAAACAUCUUUAUGUAACACCACAGUAAUGUUGCAAAGCACUCAGGCGCACUCAAGUGUUUCCUUUGUAGUCACAGACAAAGCAAACCUUUGGGAGAAAACUUCAUUCCUCAGCCCUUCCUUUUGAAUUUCCUUUACAGUUGAUCGUCAAACUGUAGUUAUUUAAUUUUUUAUGACAAUGAAGUGUUUUUUUGCUGUCAACUUGCUUGAAUAAUAGCCUCACAAAAACAACCAUUUUUUUUUCUCAUUUUUCAGUUUCUUUGACCAUUUGACUUCCAAACUCUUCAAUCCAUCCAUAAUAAUACAGUUUAGCCCAUUUUCUCUUUAAUGACAGGAGAAAAAGCGGACCUGAGUAUUUGGUUGUAUGUAGAACUCUUUGGGGAAGUUAUUUCUUUCUGCUGCACAAGGGGACUGUGUUGUUCAGAGGUAAAUGUGCAGUCUUGUUAGAGUUAUUCUCAUACUUUUCACAUUGGUGUCAGGGGUUCUCACAAAGCAUCGACUGGAGGGAUAUUUCUGAGUUAACAGAGUUGAGCAAUUGAGGAGAUCAUGAGGUUUUUCUAAUUGGCAAUGCUAUAUAAACUGAAAUCCGGCUCCCAGGCUCUCCCUUCCCCUGCAGCUUUCCACUCAAUCAGGGAACAACUUUGUUAAUAACCACGGAGUGAAUGAAUCAAAUUAUCAGAUUGUUAACAAAGAAUGGUGUGAAAUCCUGUUAACCAUCGCUCCCUGAGCGAAGCUAGAAAAUUGUACUGAAAAAUUAAUAGUUUUCUUUCCUUAACAGACGGCUAAUCCGUCACACUUCUAGAUCUAGAAAUUAUCAUUGGUCAAAAUGGCACCUUUCUCUAAUACUCUUUUCAUGUUUUGAUAUAGUUUUCCUGUUUUGUAUUUCUAAAUGUCGUUGAGGCUGCUUCUUUUACAUGGCUUUAUCCUCUCUAGAAGAUUUCUACUGAAUUAUUAAGCUCGUAUAUAUACUCUUGUUUCUGUGUUAGCUGUAAAUGAAAGCAAAACUUCCAUUUGGCAUAAACGAAACAGUAACAGAAAUAACAGGCUGGAAGCCUUCUCCUAAGUCCCCGGUUUGUAA